AACCAAUGGCCGAGAGGUAGCCCGGUAUAUAAACAAGGGUCAGGGAGCUCCAAAGCUGGGUGACCCCUUCUUUGGCUGUGGUGCACAGGAUCUGAUCCCGGGAUUGUUGCCUCUGUUCUUGUUUCGUGUGCAGUGUUAGAAAGCAAUCAUGCCUUUCGGAAACACCCACAACAACUUCAAGCUCAACUAUUCAGUUGAGGAGGAGUUCCCAGACCUGUCCAAGCACAACAACCACAUGGCCAAGAUCCUGACCAAGGAGCUGUAUGGCAAGAUGAGGGACAAGCAGACGCCCACUGGCUUCACUCUGGAUGACGUGAUCCAGACUGGCGUCGACAACCCUGGUCACCCCUUCAUCAUGACUGUUGGCUGUGUCGCUGGUGACGAGGAGUCUUACGAGGUCUUCAAGGAUCUGUUCGACCCUGUCAUCUCCGACCGUCAUGGUGGAUAUAAGCCCACUGACAAGCACAAGACUGACCUCAACUUCGAGAACUUGAAGGGAGGUGAUGACCUUGACCCCAACUACGUUCUGUCCAGCCGUGUUCGUACCGGUCGCAGCAUCAAGGGAUACUCCCUGCCCCCCCACAACAGCCGUGGCGAGCGCAGAUGCAUUGAGAAGCUGGCCGUUGAGGCUCUGGCCAGCCUUGAUGGUGAGUUCAAAGGAAAGUACUAUCCCCUGAGGUCAAUGACUGAUGCUGAGCAGGAGCAGCUGAUCAGUGAUCACUUCCUGUUUGACAAGCCUGUGUCCCCCCUGCUGACCUGCGCCGGUAUGGCCCGCGACUGGCCUGACGGCAGAGGCAUUUGGCACAACGACAACAAGACCUUCCUGGUGUGGGUGAACGAGGAGGAUCACCUGCGUGUCAUCUCCAUGCAGAAGGGUGGCAACAUGAGGGAGGUUUUCAGGCGUUUCUGCGUGGGCUUGCAGAAGAUUGAGGAGAUCUUCAAGAAGCACAACCACGGCUUCAUGUGGAACGAGCAUCUUGGCUACAUUCUGACCUGCCCCUCCAACCUGGGAACUGGCCUGCGUGGUGGUGUCCACGUCAAGCUGCCCAAGCUGAGCACACACCCCAAGUUUGAGGAGAUCCUCACCAGAUUGCGCCUGCAGAAGCGUGGCACAGGUGGUGUGGACACUGCAUCUGUGGGCGGUGUGUUCGACAUCUCCAACGCCGACCGUCUGGGAUCCUCUGAGGUGGACCAGGUCCAGUUGGUGGUUGAUGGCGUCAAGCUGAUGGUUGAGAUGGAGAAGAAGCUGGAGAAGGGAGAAGCCAUCGACAGCAUGAUCCCCGCCCAGAAGUGAAGCGGGACAACCUGAUGUCUUCCUUGUGACCAUUUAUGUGCAGUCGAGCCAGCGUGCAGAGAAAACAGCUGCUCACCUAGAGACUCUUGACUCUGCCAACUUCUUUUCCUUCCUUCCAACUUUGUUUUUUCUUUUCUCCGUCCUUGUGGUUUUUUUCACGUUCCCCUGCGUUGGUCAGUUACAUCCUGGGGUCACUGAGCUGGGGGACAUGGCAUCACCAACUUUUUGUUAUAAGAAGUAACAACUGUUGAAUAGGUUCAAACUGUUCAAUAAAACAGCGUCCCCUGAA